AAUCAACUCUUUGGAAUUGAAUCUCCCACCGGAGUUUUUUUAUUUGCUAGGAAUAAUGGGCUCACCCAACAGAGAGCAUCACACGGUCUCAGUUUCCACUGUAAUAGUCGCACUUCUAUAUCUCCCAUUGUCCUAUGGGAUCCGCAAGUAGGUCUCAAACAUUUAGACAGGUUAAAAGCGCUGCGGCACGCCAUGACACAAGUGAGAACUUCGAACCAGGCCGUGUUGUCACUUCUGCGCAGGAAAGCGGCAGGGCUGGCACGCAGCAACACAUCUGCUUGCUCCGGCGGGCGAACGUGAAGUUGAGUGGGACGGGUGGGAUGAUGAUGCGCUCAUUGGCUGCAGCUCAGCAUUCUUAUUUGUAACUGUUGGGAUGUAUUAAAGAAACCAUACGCCAAAAGGUACAUGUCGAUUGUUACAACACCAAUCACAGUAAUUAAUUGCGGAAGCAAACGCGUCCUGAGUGGUCCGGUCAGACAAGGCAACGACUUCUCUCGCAGACGGCCGCCAAUCACAAGGAAGAAACCACUGGUGCUGCAAGUCUGGACGGCACAGUGUGGCGGGUUCGAUUCCAACAUCGCGCUCGAGGAGCUGUCGUCGGAGAGAGACGCCAACAGCAGCAGUGAGUGCACGUUGAGUGGCAAGAAGUGCAGCGAGGACUGCACCCGGCUCAUCACCUGCAUCAGCACCGGACAGCACUUCCACUCGGAGUCGGCCGAGUGCGGCGACGGGGAGAAGUGCGACCCCUACGGCAAGCGGUGCUCGUCGUCGCUGCGCGCGUGCCCGCGGUUCAAGUGCGGGGGGCCAGGGGUGUUUCCGGACCUGGUCGACUGCACCAGGUUCCACUUCUGUGACACCGCGGGCCACAACUCGUCGGUCGCCUGCGACGAGGGCUACGCGUACAACGUCACGGCGCAAGAGUGCAACAUCGAGGUCGCCGGCAACCCCGGGGUCUGCGAGACCACGCCGGUCCCCGCAUGCGUUGGCCCCGCCACCUCCGGCGCCCUCGAGUCGAACCCUUCCCUUUACUACGUCUGCGACAGCUCGCAGCAGCCCGUGCUGCACUACUGCCAGGGAAGCCUCCAGUACAACGCGGCCACUCGAGCCUGCGAGGACGCUUCCUUGGCGUGCGCGAUACGCAUCAGCAAAUUCCCGGAUCCCAACAACUGCCAGCGGUAUUACCAGUGCCUGAAGCAAGGUUCAUUUGCCCUCCACCUCGCCUGCCCGUCUGGACAGUACUUCAAUCUCAAUAUGCUUGCCUGUCAGCCUGGCACGUGUAAAGUAUAGACGCAAUAUUUUACGAACAGAGGGAUUAAUUUUCACUAACCUAAAUAUCCAUUUCGGAGCUCUAAUCAGAGGGCCAAAUCCCUGGAGUCUGGCUGAGGUUCCAGUUUUUUUUUAUGCAUGAGUUUUCCCUGAUAGUGGGUACUAUGAAAUUACAAGUCAUCUCCUAAUAGAAUUCAUUAGUAACUUAACUUAAUUUAUGCAAUAUGCACAAACACAUUUACAGUUAUGGCCACUGUAAUUUGUAGUCUUAAGAUAUCUUUCUUUGGGGACUUAAAAUUUGUAAGUUUAGUAAUGGGAAGGGGGGGCCUAUGUCUGUGUCUAUUCAUGUUAGUUCUCGUACGGCCCAGUUUGUAACAGUUCUACAGUUUUAUUAAAUGUUUUGGAAAAGUUAAAUAAUCUAAACUUUCAUUAAAGAACUUAAUGUGUCUUGUGUAACAUUACAGAAAUAUGAAUUUUUUAUAGGUCUGUUAAAUGGUAAGGAUAUAAAAAAAAAUAUAGCAGUAGCAGACUAAACCACUGGAGGAUGCAGACUGUUGUAGUAAGAGAUUGCUGCGAGCUAUAAUACAAAGCUACAAACUUGGGAUGUAUCCUGCAUGCUCCUACCAUCCCUUCCAUUAUUUACCACUCAAAUGAUAGCAGUCACUUUCCUGAAUUUUUGAAGGCAUUCAACUAAUGCAAUCACAGUCAUCCUCUGCCAAGUACAUAAUACAAAAGAAAUAAGAGAAUUUUAUUUUUAUUUUUUAUCUUUUAAAGUAUAUAUGUGACAGGAAUAACUGACAUCCAAGGUAAAAUAAAUAAGUUCUUUUCAUUACCUAAGUGUUACAUGCAUUAGUGUGAACUUUUGAAAACAAAGUUCCUGUAUAUUUACUAACAAAGUUUCCUUUAUUUAUGUCUUCAAACCUUACAAAUGCUCUGAUGAAGAGGAAUAGGCAGCGGGAACGCAGAAACUUUGCUCACGAGGGCUGUACCUUCGGAAACUCUCGCAUCAAAGGGAGUAGCGCGUUUGGAGGAAAAAAGUCAAGAGUGAAAAGUCAAGAGUGAAAAUUCAAGGAAUGUAAAUAUUUCCAUCCAAACAAGUAGGUGCUUGUAUAAGAUAUAGUUUUAGAUUUGAAUUCACAAAAUUAAUAUACAUAAAUCCUUACUUAUGGAUUAACAAAAAAGUUCAUUAUUAACUUUAAGUACCUUCUCAAAAUUAAUUUAUUUGUAAAUUAUAUACAUAUUUAAAAAUGUUUUCGUGAUUUUGAUUUCUAUUUGAAAUGUAUUGUUAUUAAUUCAUCAUUAAUAAAAACAAUAUUAAAAUUAUACCUAUUAAAUUAAUUACUUGCCAAGUUUUAUAAUUUUUCAUUAAAUGCAACAUUCAUUCUAAGUAAACAGAAUUUUCAAAUACUCUCUUUCUAAUUUCAAAUGUUAAAAUGGCUGUAGCAUUUUUACUGGACCUAAUAAGUUGGGUAAAGCUGUGUUUCCAAUUAAAAAAACAUAAACAAGUGUAUAGCAGGCUGUGUGCACGACUAUAAAUGUGAUUUGUACAAAGUCUGUUCACAAUUGAAAUCUUACUGUUAAUUUCAGCAAGUGAUAUGUUGCAAUGUAUUCAACAUUUGUUGGCAGUGUUUUUGAGUAACUGUAUUUACUACCAAAUGAUUAUCCCGAGACAUCUGACCCACAAUUUGUGAGCACAGUUUUUCAACAUAUAAAUAAAUAAGGGUUAUAUAAGAUUUUUUGUCAACCACAA